GAAUACAGGGAGAAACUAUCCCACUAACUGAUAUACUGAGGCUGCUCCACACACACUGCUAGACACAGACAGAGAGAGAAGGAUAGAGGUGGAGGCAGAGACAGCGGAAGAGACAGCUGUGGAGUGAGAUAGAGAGAACUGCAGGAAGAGAGCAAGAAAGAGAUAGAGAGAUUUAGAAUUUGACACAGAAUUAGACAGAGGGAAAGGAGGCACACACAGCACUCACCCUCCACUGACCCCUCGUCUUACCCUCGACUCACCCUUAUCUCCCCACUUACAACAACCUGAGGCAGAGACACACAGCUCUACCAGCGCAGAGAUGAGAUGACUGGACACACACUAACACACACAUUUUCUCUCUGUUGAAAGAAGACCAGAAUACACACUUUCUUUUUGUUUUCUGUCUCAGCUCCUGCUCUCGUUCUUGGACAGGAAAAAAAGGAUUACAGUUUAUUUCUUCAGCACAGUCUUUAUUCUCCAAAAUCCCCGAGUCACGUUGGACAAUUUGGAUACGUUCCUCUUUUCUUUCUCCCUCCAAGAGCUCGGAGCAACAUGGCACAGGGACAACAGAACCACAGCGACAGCAGGCAGCAGCGGGCACAACUACUCACUAACCCCUUCUCCACCAUGGCACUGUCCCUCUCCAUGUCCUUCUUCCUCCUCAUCCUCUUCCUCACCUCCCCUGCCUCGACCGCCGACGAAUACGACUACUACAGCUGGCAAUCAGACAACUUCCACAACGGUCGUUUCUACACGAAGCAGCCGCAGUGUGUGGACAUCCCCGCCGAUUUACGCCUCUGUCACAACGUGGGCUACAAGAAGAUGCGCCUCCCCAACCUGCUGGACCACGAGACCAUGCCGGAGGUCAAACAGCAGGCGGGUAGCUGGGUGCCGCUCCUCGCCAAGCGGUGCCACGCAGAUACACAGGUGUUCCUGUGUUCCCUUUUCGCCCCGGUGUGUCUGGACAGGCCCAUCUACCCGUGUCGCUCGCUGUGUGAGGCCGUGAGAGAUAGCUGUGCCCCCGUUAUGGAAACCUACGGGUUCCCUUGGCCAGAGAUGUUGACCUGUGAUAAGUUUCCUAUUGAUAAUGAUCUGUGUAUCCCCAUGCAGUUUGCUGGGAACCAGGCCACCCCAGCUCCAGCAUCUAAAGCCUGCCCUCCAUGUGACAACGAACUGAAAGCUGACACCAUUAUGGAACAUUACUGUGCCAGUGACUUUGCUAUCAAGAUGAAGAUCAAAGAAGUGAAGAAAGAGAAGGGCGACCGUAAACUCAUCGCUGCCCAGAAGAAGAAGAAGGUGCUCAAGAUGGGUGUCCUGCGUAAGAAGGACUUGAAGAAGCUGACACUGUACAUAAAGAAUGGAGCCAACUGCCCCUGUGCUCAGCUCGACAGUCUUGGCAGUAACUUCCUCAUCAUGGGUCGUAAGGUGGACCAGCAGCUGCUGCUCAUGUCCAUCCAUAAAUGGGAGAAGAAGAGCAAGGAGUUGAAGUUCGCCAUCAAGUACAUGAAGAGUCAUCAGUGUCCCACCUAUCAUACUGUCUUCCAGUGACCUUAGUGAUACAACAAUCACAACCCUACUCCCAGUCUUCCCCAGUUGUCCCUCCCUCUCCCGUCUAUCCUUCCAUUGUCCUACCUAUCAUACUGUUUUGCUUUGACACAGUGGAGAUGUAUCCUUCAUAUCCAGUGGUGUUGUGAUGCCUGUAGAAGUGGGUAUACUCUAAUUCUGCCCAAAAUAAUCUCAAAUGGCCCGCCCAUCAAAGGAAAGGCAAAAAAUAUAUAUAUUUUCCUAUAGUUUUUAUGUAUUUUCCUAUAGAUUUUUCAGGUUUUCACUCUCAGAAUCACACUUUUUUAUAUAUAGAAAAACGAUAACAAAUGUAUGUUCUAAGUCCACAAUAACGCUCAAACCACAUCAGGGGACCAUUUUUGAGGCCUGGGAAAAAUCGUAAUAAAACAUUUUUGGCAGGUAGUAGUUGCCCAUUAAUUCAGUUGUGCACCUAGCAAGAUACCAUUUAUGCACUACAAAUGCAAAAUACAAUAACUACAUAUUUUUUGACUGCAUGAUCUGUCUUCAAAGUAUUUUUCUGUCUAGACAGACAACAUUCUCUGAUACUCAAUGAUAUCCUCUGAUCAACUGGUUUGUUAUUGUGUCAGGAAACUUAAUUCCACAUUAAUCAGAUAAUAUACUUAGCCAUUAGAAUGGACCAAAGACUUUUGAACAAAUCCGUAGUUACUGCAUUUUGCCUUUGUAGGGCGGAAUUUGGCUAGUGGUGUUUUUGUACUGUACAAUGUCCUACUUGUGAUGGCAGAGUUUGUAAAACAAAUGCCCUCCCAAUUGAUACGGAUCAUCAUGAUAUCAUAUUACCAGGUAGGCCUACUUUGUAGUCAACAUUUAAUUGGAAAGGUUUUUUGCCAGACAUUUUCAUUCAAACAGCCCAUGAUGACUGAAUUGCACACCGAUUUCGGACCACACUUUUUCAAUACCUGGUUUGCAUACCCAUUGUUGCCUUAGUUAGCAUUUACUGGUAGAUAUCAAAAGUUAAAACGUCUUUCCUACCUACCCUACUAAUCUAUGUCGUUCUUCUGUGAGCUGCUCCAUGAAACAGCCAGUUGAUAGCUGCGCGCUCUUGCUGUCUACUCUGAAACUAGGCUAUGUGUGCAGCUCGCAUGUGAAUAUACACCAUAUUUAUAAAAGUAUUUGGACACCCCUUCAAAUGAGUGGAUUUGGGUAUUUCAACCACACCCAUUGCUGACAGGUGUAUAAAAUCGAGCACACAGCCACGCAAUCUCCAUAGACAAACAUUGGCAGUAGAAUGGCCUUACUGAAGAGCUCAGUGACUUUCAACGUGGCACGGUCAUAGGGUGCUACCUUUCCAACAAGUCAGUUGGUCAAAUGUCUGCCCUGCUCGAGCUAACCUGGUCAACUGUAAGUGCUGUAAUUGUGAAGUGCAAACAUCUAGGAGCAACAAUGGCUCAGCCGCGAAGUGGUGGCCACACAAGCUCACAUAAUGGGACUGCUGAGUGCUGAAGCGUGUAGCACAUUAAAAAAAUGUCUGUCCUCUGUUGCUACACUCACUACCGAGUUCCAAACUGCCUCUGGAAGCAACAUCAGCGCAAUAAUUGUUCUUCGGGAGCUUCAUGAAAUGGGUUUCCAUGGCCCAGCAGCCGCACACAAGACUAAGCUCCAAGUGUCGACUGAAGUGAAUAAAAUAAAUAAAUAAAUAAAGUGGUGUAAAGCUCGAAGCCAUUGGGCUCUGGAGCAGUGGGAAUGCGUUCUCUGGAGUGAUGAAUCAUGCUUCACCAGCUGGCAGUCCGACGGACUAAUCUUGGUUUGGUGGAUGCCAGGAGAACGCUACUUGCCCCAAUGCAUAGUGCCAACUGUAAUUUUUGGUGGAGGAUGAAUAAAGGUCUAAAGCUGUUUUUCAUGGUUCGGUCUAGGCCCCUUAGUUCCAGUGAAGGGAAAUCUUAACACUACAACAUACAAUGACAUUCUAGACGUCUCUGUGCUUCCAACUUUGUGGCAACAGUUUGGGGAAAGCCCUUCUCUGUUUCAACAUGACUAUGCCCCCACGCACAAAGCGAGGUCCAUACGCAAAUGGUUUGUCGAGAUCGGUGUGGAAGAACUUGACUGGCCUGCACAGAGCCCUGACCUCAACCCCAUCAAACACCUUUGGGAGGAAUUGGAAUGGCUGUGAGCCAGGCCUAAACAUCCAACAUCAGUGCCCUGGGAAGUCCCAGCAGCAAUGUUCCAACAUCUAGUGGAAAGCCUUCCCAGAAGAGUGGUGGCUGUUAUAGCAGCAAAGGGGGAUCAACUCCAUAUUAAUGCUCAUGAUUUUGGAAUGAGAUGUUCGACGAGCAGGUGUCCACAUACUUUUGGUAAUGUAAUGUAUUUCACGUGCCUUGCAUUUGUGUAGGAUACUUUGUGCAUUAUUUCUUUAUUGUACUACAUAAUUGAUCCGAUGUAUACCGCCAUUGCGCUAGAAGUACACUCAUUAAGAAAUGAAGGUAGAGGCCUCCCGGGUGGAGCAGUGGUCUAAGGCACUGCAUCGCAGUGCUAGCUGUGCCACCAGAGAUUCUGGGUACAAGCCCAGGCUCUGUCGCAGCCGGCCGCGACCGGGAGGUCCAUGGGGUGACGCACAAUUGUCCGGGUUAGGGAGGGUUUGGCUGGCAGAGAUAUCCUUGUCUCAUUGUGCACUAGCGACUCCUGUGGCGGGCUGGGUACAGUGCACGCUGACCAGGUUGCCAGGUGUAUGGUGUUUCCUCUGACACAUUGGUGCGGCUGGCUUCCGGGUUGGAUGUGCGUUGUGUCAAGAAGCAGUAUGGUUGAGGACACAUGGCUCUUAACCUUUGCCUCUCCCGAGUUGGUACAGGAGUUGCAGCGAUGAGACAGGACUGUAACUACUACCAAUUGGAUACCAUGAAAUUGGGGUGAAAAAAGGGGUAAAAAAAAGAAGUGAGGGUAUGCAGUGCUCACGGGGGAUUAAGAAGUGAGUAUACUUCCACUUACAUUUUUUGGGGUAUACGGCGUAUACCUGGGUAUACUCUCCACUAAGCCACUGUUCAUAUCUCACAAAUACCUCUCAUAUCCUAUUAGUAUCGGAUUAGUAUUCCCAUCUAGUCUGGUCGCAGAUCUCUUUGUGCUCUUGCGAACUCCAUUUCUGUCCUUGUCAAGCCAAAAUGACAAUGAGUGACAGGGAGUUGGGUAUGAUAGCACAUACAGACUGGCACUCGGGCUAGUUCUCACCUGGCUAUCUAUCCCUCAGUCUCACCCAAGUCUCCCCAGUCUCUCUCCCAAGUCUCGCCCAGUCUCACACCAGUCUCCCACAUAUCCCACCAUGCUCUAGAAAACACCCUCCAUGCCCCUCGGCUCCAGACCCCUCCAGACCCCUCCAGACCCUCUAGACCCUCCAGACCCCUCCAGACCCAUCCAGACCCUCCAGACCCCUUUAGACCCCUGUAGACCCCUCCAGACCCUCUAGACCCCUCCAGACCCUCCAGACCCCUCCAGACCCUCCAGACCCCUCCAGACCCUCUAGACCCCUCUAGACCACUCCAGACCCUCUAGACCCAUCCAGACCCUCUAGACCCCUCCAGACCCUCCAGACCCUCUAGACCCAUCCAGACCCCUCUAGACCCAUCCAGACCCCGCCAGACCCUCUAGACCCCUCCAGACCCUCUAGACCCCUCCAGACCCCUCCAGACCCCUCCAGACCCUCUAGACCCCUCCAGACCCUCUAGACCCAUCCAGACCCCUCUAGACCCCUCCAGACCCCUCCAGACCCUCCAGACCCUCUAGACCCAUCCAGACCCCUCCAGACCCUCCAGACCCCUCUAGACCCCUCCAGACCCUCUAGACCCCUCCAGACCCCUCCAGACCCUCCAGACCCCUUUAGACCCCUGUAGACCCCUCCAGACCCUCUAGACCCCUCCAGACCCUCCAGACCCCUCCAGACCCCUCCAGACCCCUCCAGACCCUCUAGACCCCUCCAGACCCUCUAGACCCAUCCAGACCCCUCUAGACCCCUCCAGACCCCUCCAGACCCUCCAGACCCUCUAGACCCCUCCAGACCCCUGUAGAGCAUUCCAGACCCUCAAGACCCCUCCAGACCCUCCAGACCCCUCCAGACCCUCUAGACCCCUCUAAACCCCUCCAGACCCUCUAGACCCCUCCAGACCCUCUAGACCCAUCCAGACCCCUCUAGACCCCUCCAGACCCCUCCAGACCCUCCAGACCCUCUAGACCCCUCCAGACCCCUCUAGACCCCUCCAGACCCUCUAGACCCCUCCAGAGCCCUCCAGACCCCUCCAGACCCUCCAGACCCUCCAGACCACUAGUCCAAACAUUUAACCUUUUUGUGGCCCAAUCUCCUUUCUGCUACCCACCCACCCCCUGUAGACUAUUCUGAUAACUCACUCCCUAGCCCCUACCCUACAGUAGCACUUUCUCUAGCCCCUACCCUAGCCCCUACCAUACAGUAGCACUAUUUUAUACCUGACCUGAGAGCCCCAAAGAAACCCAGACUGUCCUGGGUUUGAGAUGGUUACUACAGAUUUUUGAUACAGAGGUGGUGGUGUUACUAACCUGCCAUUUUGGAGUCAACGUUUAUCACAGACACAAGGUGACGGGAUCCUCCAAGACACUAUUAGAUUGUUAGAUCCUAUAAAUAAAACAAUCACAUGUAUAUUUUACAGAUGUCCCCUUAUCAUUAUGACGAUAGCAGAGGGGGUUAGUAAAAUGUAUGGUAAGACUUGCACAGAUUGCGGUAAGGACAGUGCUUUUGGUGCUUUGAAUGAUUUUAUAAUUCUUUGAAAGAAUGCAGACAUUGGAGUAAAGCAAGCUUCAAGAUUUAUUAAUAGUCAAAAGGGAGAGUUUAUGCUUUUGAGAAAAAGGGGUAAGAGAAAAUGCAUGUGUAAAGUUUGAGUUAAAGGUUGUGCCCUUGUCAAAGCCGUUUGUGUGUUCAGUAGACACUGAAAUAGACAAGUUAACUGUCUGUCCAGAGUGGAUAUAGAAAGUUAGGUAGCUACUGAUGACACCUUAUUUGAAUGUUCUGUCAUACGCUCAAAAUCAUGAAUGAGCUGGAUCAGGUAUUUCCUGAAAACACAGACGAUGCAAAAUUCCAAGGUUUUUCAGAAAACCUUAUUGGAGAAUAUCCACAUGUCCUCUCUAUUCCCUCCCGAUUCCAGGAGUAUUUCAACCAGGAUUUCUAGAAAACUUUUUCAGAAUUUUUCAGGCCGACACAGAAACAUUAUGGAAUAUUCAAAUAACGUGUUUCCAUUCCUUGUUAUGUUUCUCAUUUUAUGUAGAUAAGAAUGAACAAGUUAAUUAAAUGAAAAAAUUAUAAUAAUUGGUUGUUGAUAUCAGAAAUAUCAAAAAGAAGAUGGAUGUAUGAAUUCCUAGAAAGAAGAAGAUAUGGAUGGAUGGAUUCGUAGAAAGAAGAAGAUAUGGAUGGAUGUAUGGAUGGAUUGAUGCUGCCACUGACUAUCGUACAGAGCAGCCUGCAUUGGGACCACAGGCCUACUCCUCAGAAAGAGAUAGAGAGAGAAGGAUACUAAAUCUGACAACAGAAAGAAAAAGAGGAGAGGCCAGAGAGAGACUCAUAUUAUGGAAUAAAACUACCCAUUGGGUGGUGAACUCUCUGGUUCUCACUAUGUUUCACUAACACUAUUGAAAUAUGUCACUUUUUAGUAACGCUUGAUUUCUCUAGUUACCAGGUAUUUACCUAUGUAUUAAAAUAUAUUGUGAGAACAUAUCGGUUCAUUUGGGAAUUGAGUGUAAUAUAGACCAGAGAGUACCUUUUGUUAGAAGAAAUGUCACAUUACAUACCAGAUGACAAUUCCAGUAGUAAAAGGGCUGUAAAGUGACAGCGUUCAACUUUAAAAUGAAAAAAAUGAAUUUGUUAUAAUUUGCUUGAAUUAUACUUUAUGGUAUGGUACACCAGUAAUCAUAAAUACAGACAUAGCACCUGAAUUCAUGAAAAGAUGAAUUUAACUUACGCAGUUAUGUUUUUAACCCUUUAAAACUUUAAGUAGUUCUGUUACUGAAACACUUUUUAUUGUUUUGCAAAAGUAAAUAAAUCAAAUAUAGUUGACAUUUUUAUAAAGAUAACUAUCUUAAUGGUGCCAUUUAUUUUCAAACCAAAAGAUAUAUGUGAUUUUGUCAUUCACUAUCUAACGUUGUUUACUUUAUGGAACUUUUAGGCAUUUUUGUUUGCUUCUCUUUCUACAUUUCUAAUACUAACUCAAGUCUAAGAAGGGAUAAGAUAGUAAAACAAGGGACCACACACACGAGCGCACACACAACAGCCUCUGUCUCAGAGGGCUAAGUCACCUUUUCUAAGUGCCUUUUCUCCAGGCAGCACUAGCGAUUAUGUGGGUGUCCUCCUUCUCUGGUCCUUGUAUGUGUGUGUGUAUGUGUGUGCGUUUCCUCCCACGUUCCAGCCUGUCUCCUCAGUAGCAGGUCUGAAUAUGUCUGGAGGAGCUCCAGACAGCCCAGCACAACGCCCAGCUGUCCCCAGCCCACACUGCCUCUAAUCAGGCUACACACAGACUAGUCCCCCCGGGCUGAAGCUGCUACCCGGGUCAAGGGGAGAGAGGGAGAGAGAGAGACAGAGAGAGAGAGAUACAGAGAGCGAGAUAGAGAGAGAGAAAUAAAUAAAUAAAGAGAGAGAGGGAAAGCAAGGGAAAGAAAAAAGGGAGAGAUGAAGAGAGAGAGAGAGAGAGAGAGAGAGAGAGAGAGAGAGAGAGAGAAGAGAAAGAAAGAUGGAUAAAAAUAGUAAGAUGAUUCCAACAGACAGAGGCUGCAUUUCUGACACACUAAAAUGAACACACACAAAUAAACAUCCAAUAACAAACAUUCAAAUGAGUUGAUAGUUCACACUUUCUCCAAAUACAUUCUUAGACAAUGCUGUACUGUAUUUGUAUGAGAUAUAAAAACCUUCCUCUGUUGAACCGUCUCUGGAACCACUGAACCACCCAGGAGGGGAGGAAGAGACAGAGUGAAGGAGGAGAGAGCGAUAAAGAGAGAGAAGGGGGGAGGGAGAGAGAGAAAGAGUGAGAGUGAGAGAGAGACAGACAGACAGGAUAGAGAAAAGAGAGAGAGAAGGGAAAGAGAGAGAGAGGGACAGACAUACAGACAGAGAGCUAGCAAGGGAGAGGGACAAGAGAGAGAAGGAGAAGGAGAGGGAGAUAGACUUUCUGGCUGUGUCCCAUCUCCUGUCUAUCUUCACCUCCUCAAAGGUCACUUAGCGUGACUAAUGAGGGCCUGAUGAGGGACCCAGGACACAGACAGGAGCCAGCUUUGUCCCCUGGUCCUCUUGACACACACAUGCACACCAGCACAUGUGCACGUGUAUACACACAAAGACACACAAAGACACUCACAAGGAUGCAUAUCCACACGCACGUAGACACACAAACACGCACACACACACAGACACGGCCAAUAUCAAACUAAUUCAGAUCCUCCAUCAGCUUCUGUCAGACUGUCAAGCCUGGCUGGUGUCCUCCACCCUGCUUUCCCAACAAGAUCUCACACUGACAUGGUUUGACUUCAGUAUUCAACGUUUGUUCAGACGGGGGAUAAUCAUCCAAUUUUGACGGUUAAGUUUAGGUAUUAAUUCUGAAUGGUUACGAUAAGGGUUGAGGUUUCGGAUAGGGUUAAAACAAACAUAACAAAAAACUCAGGAACUGCAUGUUGCAGAUAUAAUGACUAGACCAAACACAAUCUCCUGUACUAUUCCAAUCUAUCUGACAGGAGAUCAAAUUUGAUCUACACAAUACAUUUCUAUCUGAUUAUUCUGUAUAUUUCCUUUCUCCUGAACAGAACCCAUGUGUAGAUAAUCAAGUCAAACCAAUCAACCAAUGAUAUUUUUACAGAUAACUAUAAAUUAGUUGUGACACUAAACUACAGUAUACCACUUUCAACAUGCCACUGAAAAGGUUGAAAGCUGUAAUACAUGUUAUGAUACCUGAAAAUACUGCAGAGAAAUUCAAAGAAAUGUGAAAACAUUGCAGACAGGGAGUUGGAUGCUAGACAAAAACAUUUUAGAACCUCUUUGUCUAUCUGAGUGUUCUUAUUUCAAACACACAGUAAACCAUAUUUAAAGGGAUGGUAUAAUAAGCUAUUAACAUGAUUUUCCACCCACCUUGGCUGUCAAGUUUUUUAUAUUUAGUUCCCUUAGACACUUAAUAGCUAUAUUUUAACCGUUACUGUUAACAUUCUCAAUAACAGUUAUUGUGCCUGUGAAAUAACACUGUAAUUACUUUUAGAGCACAAUUUUAUUAGUAUGUUGUUACAUAAUACUUGGGUAAUUAAAUUGCAUAGCAAUGAGCCGAGAGAUUUUGAAAUUACUGUGCACAAGAUUAGUGAUUGUACCUUAUUCCACUUGUGUAAUAACUCCCUUUUUUUUAAAUUAUAAACCAAUAUCUAAAGUCUUAUUUAAUAACCAUGUUGCUAUUGUAGUAAUUACAAGGUUACUACAUAUAUGGUAUAUUGUAUAUGUACGUAAUAUGAACUUGAUGUCAAGUGUUACUGUACCUUAUGUUUAACUCAUUAAGAAAAUAUAUUUUAGACAACCGUUCCAACUCCAAUGUUGAGAUGAGUCCAUGUCCCUCACGAACAAUUGCCUAGAUGUACCUAAAUGCCUGAUUGAUUUACAUUUGUAUCCCUUUCUAUUAUUUAGAUUGAUAAAUGUGAAUGUUUGCCAUGUUUUAUUUGAUUCAAUCAUGAACUAUUUAAUUAUAGGCUAUAUAUUAAGAUUCAUACCUGAAAGACGUACAAACCAUGUAAUAAUGAUCAUGUAUCUAGAAUACCUAAACUAAUUGUUGUAGUUUUUGGGUUCUUCAUCAAAUAUUUCGCAGCCAUCAAAUAAAUAUAUAAUUUUUUUUCAGAGAGGUAUUCAAAAUACGUUCAAAUAUUUUAAAGAAAAGAGGACAAAUUCAUUAAAAUGCCAUUAUUUGUGCUUUAAAAUA